CGGGGGCAGUUGCCGGCGGCACACGGCUGGCGGCGUGGGGGGAAGGGAGCGCGACGGGGCGAUGCGGCCCGGAGUGUAGCCGCAGCAGCGCCAUCAUCAUGAUCAUAGAGAACGUGGACGCGCUCAAGUCCUGGCUGGCCAAGUUACUGGAGCCAAUAUGUGAUGCCGAUCCAUCAGCCUUAGCUAACUAUGUUGUGGCUUUGGUCAAGAAAGACAAGCCAGAGAAAGAGCUGAAGGCUUUCUGUGCUGAUCAGCUAGAUGUCUUUCUACAAAAAGAAACAUCAGGUUUUGUUGAUAAACUCUUUGAAAGCCUCUACACCAAGGAUUACCUAUCUCCCAACGAACCAGCAAAACCAGAAUCUAAGCCUGUAGGACAAGGAAAAGAAGAAAUCAAAGAGGAGAUAUUUCAGGAAUCUUUUGAAGAAGAACGAGAGGGCAAAAAGAAAAAAUAUACUAGCCCACAAAAAAAUCGUUCGGAUUCUAAUGAACAAAGCAGAACUAGAGAAAGAAAAAGAGAUGAUGGCAAAUGGAGAGACUAUGAUAGAUACUAUGACCGUAAUGACUUGUACAGAGACAAAUAUGACUGGCGAAGGGGAAGAAGUAAGAGUCGCAGUAAAAGCAGAGGACUGAGUCGAAGUCGGAGUCGUAGCAGAGGUAGAAGCAAAGACCAGGAUGCAAACAAAGAGCGGGAUACGAACAGAAAUGUUGAACACAGAGAGAGAGCCAAAUUCAAGUGUGAAAGGAGUGACAUGGAGAGCUCAUAUAACCCAGUGUCUUUGUCUCCUGCUAACUCUACUGAGCAGUAUUCCUCUGGUGCACAGUGUAUUCCCAGUGCUGUUACUGUGAUCGCACCUGCUCACCAUCCUGAAAACACAACAGAAAGCUGGUCAAAUUACUACAACAAUCAUUCUUCUAAUUCAUUUGGCAGAAAUGUUCCACCAAAAAGGCGUUGUCGAGAUUACGAUGAGCGAGGGUUUUGUGUACUUGGUGAUCUCUGCCAGUUUGAUCAUGGAAAUGAUCCACUAGUCGUAGAUGAAGUAUCUUUGCCAAGCAUGAUUCCUUUUCCACCACCACCUCCAGGACUUCCUCCACCUGGAAUGCUAAUGCCACCCACACAAGGCCCUGCUCACAACUUGAGAAUGCCAGGACCACAAGUACAUCCUCGGCCACCACCUCCUGUCAGAAUUCCUAUACCAAGGCCACCUUUGUCACAAUCAAAUUUGAUAAACAACCGUGACCAGCCAGGUACAACUACGGUGCCUAGCCUUGCACCUGUGAGAGCAAGACUACCUCCUCCUCUACCCCAAAACCUGUUAUAUACAGUAUCAGAACAUACUUACGAACCCGAUGGCUAUAAUCCAGAGGCUCCAAGUAUUACCAGUGCUGGUAGAUCUCAGUAUCGACAGUUCUUUUCAAGAACACCAAUGCAGCGGCCUAAUCUUAUUGGCCUAACUUCCGGUGAGAUGGAUACAAAUCCAAGAGCUGCUAAUAUAAUCAUCCAGACUGAACCUCCAAUUGGCAUUAUGAGUAACAGCACUAAUGUCUCCAGGGUGGUCCUUGAGCCAGACAACAGGAAGCGUGUUUCAAACACUAUGGAAGGACCAUCUGCAAAGAAACCUUGGAUUGUAAAACAAUCUAAUAACAAUCAGAAUAAGCCAGGAUUCCCAAAAAAGAACCAGUAUACAAAUACCAAGUUGGAAGUUCGUAAAAUACCCCCAGAACUGAACAAUAUUACCCAGCUUAAUGAACAUUUCAGCAAAUUUGGAACAAUUGUCAACAUUCAGGUUGCCUUCAGAAGUGAUCCUGAAGCAGCUUUAAUUCAGUACUUAACAAAUGAUGAAGCCAGAAAAGCCAUUUCGAGCACAGAGGCAGUGUUAAAUAAUCGGUUUAUAAGAGUUCUGUGGCACCGAGAAAACAAUGAGCAGCAGCCGUUGCAACCCUCCCAGCAGCAGCAGCAGCAGCAGCAGAACCCACAGCCGCUUCAUCACCAACUUCCCCUGCAGCAGCAAAUGCUGACUCAGACUCCAGCUGUAACAGUGCACAGCAGUGUGCCAAAGGUGACAAAUAAACCAGUGACAUCAGGUUCCUAUGUCAUUAACAAGGUUCCAGUUAAACAUCGCCUUGGAGCCACUAGUGGAAAUCAGCCAGAUUCUCAACAUUUAUUGGUUAGCCAGUCCAGUGCUGCAGCGGGAGAUGCUCAGAUGUUUCCCACUUCUGCCCAUAUGAAGAUGGUGUACAGUUCCUCCAACUUAAAAACAUCCAUCAAGUCUACUACAGGCAAUAAAUCCCACGAUGUCCAAGAAGUUUUGAAAAAGAAACAGGAGGCAAUGAAGCUGCAGCAAGACAUGAGAAAGAAAAAGCAAGAAAUGCUGGAAAAGCAAAUAGAAUGUCAAAAGAUGCUGAUAUCAAAGCUAGAAAAGAAUAAAGCCAUGAAACCAGAGGAGAGAGCAGAGAUCAUGAAGACACUGAAAGAGCUAACAGGAAAAAUAUCUCAGUUGAAAGAUGAAUUAAAAACUUCAUCUGCAACUUCUACAACAUCAAAACCUAAGUCUAAAACUGAGGCACAAAAGGAACUUUUGGAUGCAGAACUAGACUAUCACAAAAGACUAUCUUCAGGAGAAGAUACAACAGAGUUAAGAAAAAAGCUCAACCAGUUACAGGUGGAGGCUGCCCGUUUAGGAAUCUUGCCUGUUGGUUGUGGAAAAGGAAUGUCUGCUCAAAGUAGAGGACGAGGACGAGGUCGUGGAGGAAGAGGGAGAGGUACAGUGAAUCAUAUGGUGGUAGAUCAUCGUCCCAAAGCACUAACUAUCGGGGGUUUUGUAGAAGAGGAAAAAGAUGAGUUGCUGCAGCAUUUCUCAAAAUUUGGAGAUAUCGAAGGCCUUCAUGAGGAAGACUCUCCUUUAAGUGUUGUUCUGACAUUUAAAUCCCGCUCUGAAGCUGAAAUUGCUGCCAACCAAGGAUUGAAGUUUAAAGACCGACAGCUUCAGAUAUCAUGGCACAAACCCAAGGUACCUUCUGUGUCUGCUGAAGCAGAGGAGGAGGAACCUAAGGAAGAGGAGACAGAACCGUCAGAUUUAUUUUUGCCUGAAGAUGAUGAUGACGAUGAUGAAGAUGAAGAUGAAUCUCGUUCUUGGAGAAGAUGAAACUUGAAAUUGAAUCAUAUAGUUUUAGAACUGUUCAAACUAAAACUUUUAAAAAUUAUUUAAAGGAAGUGAAUGAGCCAAAAAUCUGUUUUUGUUUUGUUUUUCCUUAUAAACAGUAGAGCAAGUGUGAGUUUAAUAUAUGAACUUGGCAGAGAAAUAGCCAUGACAUUAGAUCAGCCAAAGGCCCAAAGCUUAUACAGAACUAUAAAGAUGGUUGUGAAACUCUGAUACAUUUCAUCUUUAAUGUUUCAUGCCCAACUUGUUCCAUUUGGUUUUUAAAAUAUGGAUUAUUUUAUUAUCAAUUACCUUUACGGGUUUUAUUUAGUAAUGCAGAGUCUCAAAUGAGAGAGAUGGGUGAAAUUCAUUUAUAUGUAAGCAUUGCCUUGAUCUAAUAAUUCAACCAAGUUCCUUCAUUUGGUGAGACACUAUUUAGCUUUAUGUCAGUUUCACUUAUGUCAAUUUCACUGUGUUCAUAAACCAUCGAGAAUUGCAUAUAAUGUGAUUGGGGAAGAGAUUAGUUCCCCUACGUUCUAUCUGAAAUCUGCUGUCUGGUGGAAUUAUAGUACAAGGCUGCCCAGCCCAAGUCUACUAUGUUGGAUUCCAGCUAGUCAUUGUGAGCACUGAUGAUAGCUAAUCCUAUCACAAUAUUUCAGUUCUUCUCAAUCUAAUUCUCAAAAUUAACUCAGUCUUUGAUUAAUUUAGGGUUCAGUUGACCUGCCACUGCUUCUGUGAAUUCCACAUUCGCUUUGGUGGAACAUGAGUAGACAUCCUGCAUAAAUCGCAUUGAAGUGAACAGAGAUGACAGUUUUUGGUGAAGAGUAUCCUCUGCCAGUAUUGGAAAAUGUGUUUAGACUUUUUUAUGUCCCCCAAGACAUUAGAAAUCAUUCUGCCAACUCUUAUGAUUGAAUUCGUUAUUUUUAAUUUUUAGUCCAAAUCUGUGCAGUAUUCCAAGGAAGUUAUUGUCUCUAGCCCACAAAGGCCAAGCCUUGUUCAAAGAAAAUACAGUCUAAACAAGUACUUGAGUGAUAUAAUGCUGUACUCUUCACAGAGUAAUUUCUUAAACUGAAUGUUAAAAUUACUGUUGAGAAGACAAACAAAUUGGAUGCUGAGUAAAUUAGAUGCCUUUUGUGUGUAUUUGGUUUUAUCUUUUUUUUUAAAGCACCAAAUAGUAAAUUGUGCUGAUUCUGGUAGAGAGUGGGUUAAUAUGCUUUGAGUUACCAGGACACUAGAUUUUCAUACCUCUUCUGUUGCUGUGAAAACUAAAUGCUCUACCCAGUGGGUCUUUUCCUUUCAUUCUUAGUGCUUCUGUUUGGUACUCCAUACACAAUAGCAUUGUCAUAUAAGGAGGCAUGUAAUGCCAGUUGUAUUCUGAAUGUUGAAGGAGCAGAGCAAACAUUACUGUAUUAACUCAAACAUAACUGCAAGCAAAUCAGAAAAAAAUAUUAAUUUCAUCCUUCAGAAGUUUUUUUCAAAUAUAAUAACAACUAGUACUUGAUUUACUGUUAAGUACCGGAAGUUUUAAAUUGACUAGGUAUGGAUAUGACUUUUUACAUGAAGUCAGGCUUUUUUUCCCCCCUGUUCUUCCUCUCAAUUUGGUUUCUGUAUUCUUGUGGUGGUCUGUAAAAGCCAAACCAGUAUCAAUUUAGAUUCUAGUGACAUUUGGAAAGGAAUUUAAGACGUUUUUCCCUUCAAAUGAAGGCAUUUGUUUUCUAGAUUGCUACAUUCCUACUAAUGUUGAAUCUCAGUGAAUGAAGUUUAAAAAAAAAAAAGCACGAUUGUUGCACAUCCAAUAUACAAAGCCUUGCUCUUCUCCUGCCACUUAUAAAAUCUUUGGAAUGUCUGUGGCUCAGCUUAUGGUUUGAAAUGCCCCAUUGCAUCAAAAUGCUUGAGUCUGGACAGUUUAAACAAACUAUAGAGGGAACAAAGGAUUUCUAUAUAUAUAUUUUGUACAGGGUUUUUCUUAAAGCUGUAUAAUUUUGUAAAUAUUUUGCUUUUUGUGUACGAAAACUACCAGCAUCUAGAUUUCCAUAAGAUUUCUUGUAUUUUUGUAUCCAGAAGACUACAAGAAGCGAGUGAAGCUAUAAGAAAAAUUUCAGUAGCUUUUGACACAGACCGGAUGGGAUUCCUUUUCAUAUGGUUUUAAAAUUUUGUUAACACACUGUUCAAAAAGAGGACAAAUGCCCUUGCUCAUAAGUGUUGGCUUUUUUAGUUGUGUAUGAAAUACAGGAUCUGAAGGGGGAGGGUGUUUAAUGAGGUGGUUUUUUAAGGAUACAUUGGCUUCCAUAAAUCCUCUAGUGACAUCUUAAAUGUGAUUUCUUGGCCCAGAAGCACAAAAAUGAGUUGUGCACUUGAACUCAUGUAUUGAAAGCAUACUAUUGUGUUACUGAGAAUGUAAGUGAUGGGCAGCAGAGUGGUAACUCAGUUAAUACAGAGGAGAAGGUGAAAACUAGUUCAAAGUGACCUUCAUUUUGACAUAGCUAUGGAUCUCCCUGUAUUAGAACUUAGUAGUACUAAACAUCAUUUGUAUGUUUUAGAUAGGUCACUUUGGGUAACACUAUUUUCAGUUGGCUGUGAAAAUAUUUCCACCUUCACAAGCUAUAAUGGAUUUAGCAUAAUUAAUACCAAAUAUAUCUUCCAAGUAACUUCAGAACUGUAAGUCAGUCUAAAAUAUUACUAUGCUAGAAUUAUGCCUUACUGACCACUUAAGAGCGAAUACGCUGAUCGAAAAUGGGAAGAAUGCAACAGUGUAAAUUGGUCAGUGAAUUACCCUCUAAAACUUACACAUAUUACUGCUAUAUAAGAUGUCAAUUUAACUGGUGUGAAAUAUUUUGGUUUUUUCUCUUUUAUAAGUUCUGGAACAUAUAAAAACAUCUGAAAACUGCUUUGAAAAUAUAUGGCCACAUAUGAUGGAGAUGCUCAAUGGUUUUUAACAAAAUCAUGUGAAAAGGAAUGUUAAAUUCCUCUCAAUGUAUAGUAAACUUGUAUUAUAGUUUUUACAAAAUUGUGAACGUGUAAUAGUAUAUUAGGAGAUAUUGUUGAAUUUCUAACUGUUUAUACAUUUAAAUUCAUACAUGUAAUGUUUGUUUUAUUGAUUACAACCUGAAUUUCUAAGAUGCAUGUUGUCUUUUUGCAAUAAAGAGAGAAUAUGGAAUGGUUCAAAAUUAAACAAAAAAGGCAUAAACAAUUUAAAUUAAAAUUUGGAAAAUUCAAUAACCAUUCCAAAAA